CAGUUCAGGCCAGCCUGCUUCUCUUGCUCUCCCUCUCUCCUUUUCUCUUCCCUCUCACUCUCUCUUCCUGUCCUGUCUUAGGAGCAAAAGAUUUGGGAAAUUCCUUCAAGCUACUUUAUUUCAGUUUUCGGUGGGAUUUAAACAUGCACACUGAGGUUUUUGUGCAGUCGAUGCUGGUACCAUUGUUUCUGAUCCUGCUGUCUACCUUUGAGGACGUUUUGUUACAGUCUGUUAGCCAGGUGGGUCAGGUGUGCAGGCUCUCCCAAGAGUCAUCACUGCGCCGCUGCAGGACACCUGAUGGCAAAAUAUGCAGCGGUAGGGGCAAAUGUGACUGUGGAAUCUGCAUGUGUGAAGUCACUGAUCCCGGAAGGUUCUUUGGUCCUCGCUGCGAGUGCCAUGACUGGGUCUGUGCUACACAUAAAGGGAAAAUUUGCAAUGACCGUGGCUACUGUGACUGUGGGAUGUGUGAGUGUGACGAAGGCUGGUUUGGAGAAGCUUGCCAGUUUCAGGAGGAGUGUAGCCUAUCAAGCAAGAGGAGCAGAGAGCUGUGCAAAAAUCAACAGGGGGUCGUCUGCUCCAACAGAGGGACCUGUCACUGUGGGAGUUGCAUGUGUGACAAUAAUGAUGACAAGGGCUUAGUGACGGGACGCUUUUGUGAAUGUGAUGACAGCGAAUGUCUGGAUGAGGACACGGGAGAGGUUUGUGGAGGCCAUGGCCAGUGUUACUGUGGAAACUGUUACUGUGCUGCUGGUUGGCAUGGAGACAAAUGUGAGUUCCAGUGUGACAUCAGCCCAUGGGAAAGUAAGCGGAAAUGCACAUCUCCAGAUGGCCAAAUAUGCAGCAACAGAGGCACCUGUGUGUGUGGGGAAUGCACCUGCCAUGAUGUAGAUCCCUCUGGCGACUGGGGGGACAUUCAUGGAGACACCUGCGAGUGCGAUGAGAGGAACUGCCACGCAACAUACGACCGCUACACCGAUGACUUCUGCUCAGGUCAUGGUCAGUGUAACUGCGGCAUGUGUGACUGCAAGGAAGGAUGGACAGGGAAGAAGUGUGAACACCCUCUUAGUUGCUCACUGUCUUUGGACAGCAGUCUGAAGAAAUGCACAGGAACAUCCAACCUGCCCUGCAAUGGACGAGGUCAGUGUCAAUGUGGACAGUGUAUUUGCCACCCACCUCUGGACAGUCGCAUUCAUGGCAAAAACUGUAAGUGUGAUGAUCGUCAGUGUGAGGACCAGGAAGGAGAGGUCUGUGGAGGUCACGGUUACUGUUCAUGUGGACGGUGCAUCUGCGAGGACGGCUGGUUUGGGAAGCUGUGCCAGUUUCCCAGGUCUUGCGACAUGAGUGACGCCCAGAGCAAGGAGCUGUGUGAGAGAGAUGAUGGAGUCAUUUGCAGUGGAAAAGGUUCCUGUCACUGUGGCCGGUGCAUUUGCUCUCCCCAAGAAUGGUGGGUGUCAGGAGACUUCUGUGAGUGUGACGACCGAGAGUGUGACAAACACGAUGGCCUCAUCUGCACAGGGAACGGUGUUUGCAAUUGCGGCAGCUGUGAUUGCUGGGAAGGUUGGACAGGGAACGCCUGUGAAAUCUGGGUGGGAGCUGAGUACUGAAGAGAACAUUACUCUGGGGUUAAAAACUAGACCUUCCCAAUGUCCCAGUACACCAGGAGGACCACAACCAGUCAGGACCAUACAGCACAGCGAGAGAAAAUCUAACAUAGAUGUAAAUCUGCAUACCAUGAAUAUAAUAUACUAAUAUUGCUCAUUCUUUUAUUGUACUGGUUACAACAUUUGCUUAAGAAAACUGUAUAUUGUUUUAAAAGAAACAGCCAACAUAGUCUAAUGUAAACAUUUAUGUUUUCAGCACCGCUUUUCAUGAAUUAUACUUUUGGAGAGGUUACUUCUUUCAGAGUGUAACAUACAGUUGUCAAAGUAUUUAUACUUUGUAUUGAAUUCUUUGCAAAUAAAUAUCUGCAAGUCUAGCAUGCAUCUGUAUUUAGCCCCCCUGAGUCAAUACUUUCUGGACCUUUCUGUUGCUACAAUUACAACUGCAAGUCUAGUUUCGAUAUUCUCUAUAUAGUUCUUUUUUCCCACAUGUUUGCUGUGCACCUUAAGUGGCUUUCUUCUUGCUACUGUUCCAUAAAAGCAUGUCUAAUAGUUAUGCUGUCAACAAAAUCCCCUACCUGAGCUAUGGAUCUCUGCAGCUUCUCUAGAGUUAUCAUAAACCUCUUAACUGCUUGAUGCUCUGCUUGCCCGACUUGUGGAUUUUAGUGGCUGGCCAUGUCAUGGUAGGUUUAAAGUUGAGCCAUACUCUUUCUAUUUGUGGAUGAUGGUUUAAAAAGUUGCUCUGUUGGAUGUUCAAAGCUUUGGAAAUGGGUUUAUAAACCAAUUGUGAUUUAAAGUUAUUCAUUAUUGUUUGUUACCAAUAACCUGUCCACUGUGUUCCUUGGUCUUCAGGAUGCUGCUUUUUCUCUAAAGUUCUAUAACAGACCUCUGAGGCCUUAAAAGAACAGCUGUAUUUAUACUGAGAUCCAAACAUAUAGAUGGAGUCUGUUUGCUAGUUUGCUGACUUCAGAAUGCAUUUCGUUUCACUUGAUUUUAUUUAAGAGUAAAAGGGGCUGAAUGCAUAUGCAUGCAACACGUUUUAAAUUUUUAUUUGUGAAAAUUGUGAAAAACUGUUUAUCUUUCCACUUAACAAAUAUUUGUUACUUUGUGUUAGUCUAUUGCACAGAAUCCCAAACAAAAGCAUUUGAGUUUGUGUUUAUAUGACAUGAUGUUAAAAUAAAGCUAAAUGCGUGUGCAACAUGAA